CAGAGCAACUGAUGACACCAGAGCAACCGAUGACACCAGAGCAACCGAUGACACCAGAGCAACUGAUGACACCAGAGCAACUGAUGACACCAGAGCAACACCAGAGCAACUGAUGACACCAGAGCAACUGAUGACACCAUAGCAACACCAGAGCAACCGAUGACCCCUGAGCAACCGAUGACACCAGAGCAACUGAUGACACCAGAGCAACACCAGAGCAACCGAUGAUGGCGACAUAACAGGCUGAAGGUUUGACUGACAGCUCAACGACUCGCCGCCCCGCCCCCCGACGCCGCCGCGCCCACUCACCGCCCGUCCAACAUGUUGCUGAGGAGGAAGCUGUGCGUUGCCGUGGUGAUCGCUGCCAUCCUCUUCCUCAUGCUGGCCAGUCAGAGCAUCCAGAGGAGACACUUCCUGUCGCCGGCCCUGCCAAUCAACCAGGCCACGCCCACCAGCAGGGAGACAGUGGUUGAAGCCUCAGCUCCUCCUGCUGGUGUGACCUUUGACCCCCCCAGGACCCCCCCUCCCCCCCGGACCACCCAGCAGCCUGCAGAGAGCUCCAGGUCGUGUGGUUGUACUGAGUCGUGUAUUUCUGACCUGAAGGAGUCCGACUGGUUCAGCCGGCGCUACGACCCCAACCAGCAACCCGUGCUCCGAGAAACCAGCAACCAGCUGGACGCCGGCGCCCUGGCAUGGUGGCUGAGUCUCCAGCGGUCCGGUAACGACCAGACUCUAGAAAAAGUGAUGUCAGAGAUGUUUGCGGUCAUUGCUCCGCCCACUGUGGACUUCAGGCCCCUCCCCUCUCGUUGCCGAACCUGCGCUGUGGUCGGCAACUCCGGCAACCUGCGACAGUCAGGAAGCGGCAACCUGAUCGACGGCCACAACUCUGUGAUCCGGAUGAACAAGGCGGUGACUCGAGGGUUUGAGAAGGACGUUGGGAAUCGAACAACGCAUCACUUCCUGUACCCGGAGAGCGCCGUGGACGUCGGCCGCGGCGUCAGCCUCGUCCUGCUGCCGUUCAAACUCCGAGACCUGGAGUGGCUGACCAGCGCGCUGUCCACCGGACAGGUCAAAAUGACCUACAUGAGGGUAAAAGAACGAGUGGAGGCUGAUAAAGACAAGGUUCUGGUGGUGAAUCCGGCGUUCUUCAAGUACGCCAACGAUCGUUGGACCGAAGGUCAUGGUCGUUACCCGUCCACCGGCAUGCUGGCCAUCAUCUUCGCUCUCCACACCUGUGACCAGGUGUCGGUGUUUGGUUAUGGUGCUGACCAGCAGGGUAACUGGCAUCACUACUGGGAGGAGAACCGCUACGCUGGAGCCUUCAGGAAGACCGGCGUCCACAGCGCCGACUUCGAAACGCAGAUCAUCCAUCAGCUCGCCAAGGAGGGCAAGAUCAGCCUGCACCUGUGACACAACCACUAGAGACAGACGGACCAGUUCACUAGAGACAGACGGACCAGUUCACUAGAGACAGACGGACCAGUUCACUAGAGACAGACGGACCAGUUCACUAGAGACAGACGGACCUGUUCACUAGAGACAGACGGACCUGUUCACUAGAGACAGACGGACCAGUUCACUAGAGACAGACGGACCAGUUCACUAGAGACAGACGGACCAGUUCACUAGAGACAGACGGACCUGUUCACUAGAGACAGACGGACCAGUUCACUAGAGACAGACGGACCAGUUCACUAGAGACAGACGGACCUGUUCACUAGAGACAGACGGAUGGACCGACCACAUACAGACCUAAAAAUGGACUGACUGAUAUACUGACUGACUGAUGGACUGACAGAUCUACGGACUGUCCUCCUUUUACCACUUUGUUUUGUUGUUUGUUGAGACCAGAACCAGCCUCAUCUGGUGUGGAAACCAGAGUCUGUCUUCCUGUGGGACUCUGGACCGUUCAUGUUGCCGGGUUUUCUUGUUUGGGGGCGAUCUGGACAGGAAUCAGUGAUCUGGACAGGAAUCAGUGAUCUGGACAGGAAUCAGUGAUCUGGACAGGAAUCAGUGAUCUGGACAGGAAUCAGACUUCUUGCAUGUCAAUCACCACGUCUGCCUUGAGUCAAAGAUCCAGGCGUGCUGGAUCGAAGCCGAUGCUGGACUGCCAUAUUUUUUGCAUAUCUGGAUGUUGCCUUUCGGGGUUGGGAGGAUCUUAACCUGCCACCUCCACUUACUGGGCUAAGAGUUCUGCAGACUCCUGCUGGUUUGAAUGAGUUCCAGCUCAACUUGAACCCACAGACUGUUUUUCAGGACCCUCCACUGUUCAGACAGACCGUCCUGCCGUCUGAGACGGCGAGAAUCAACCACAGAAGUUUUUGCUCUGAGCGGGAAACAACCACAGACUUUUUAUAUAUUUUUUGUGGAUUUUAUAGACAUUAAACAGGGAAAACCUCUUUUUUUAUCAAAGCACUUUGCCCUGAAGAAGAAAUGGCACCAAGCGUUGCCAUGUUGCGUUGCUUCUCUAUCCAACCACGUUACAAGACAUUUUAUAUUUUAUAUUGUUUAUAAUCCAUCCAUUUAUUCUGAAUGAAUCUAAAUGUAAACCGUCCUGAUCUGGAGGACGCUUCUGUCCUCACAGACUUUGAGCUGGAAACAGGACAACAACGUUUAAAGUUUCUUCUCACGCCUACAUGUAAGCCAAUGACACUUCCUGUCUCGACCAUAUAUGGAGCGGGAGGAAGUGAGUGGGAGGAGCCUGUGAUUGAGCUUCUCAUGUGGUCCACAGUGAUUCAACAGUCUGUUAGUUUUCACUUCAUUCAGUGAUUGAAGGACGAGUUUCCAGCUCCAGGAGCUGAGAGGUGAAGUCAAACUUAGAGUAGGGCUGCACAAUUAAUGGAAUUUAAUCAUGAUCACGAUUUUAGCCGCCACGAUUAAAUUAACCUGAUCAUCGGCAAUAUUUCCAUUUUAAAAUGUGUCUCUCCUGCAGAUCUAAUCAACACUUUCUACCCCAGUAGUCCACCAACCACCAGGGGGCGACGCAGAGUUCAGGCUUCAUGUAGCUGCCUGAAUAAAUAAAUAACCAGCGAGCGCUGAGCAGGAUGUGAUGUAUAGUGUUGCUAUAUUUAGCGCCUAUUUUUCAAAAAAGCAACUGGAGACAAAUCCAGAGACUUUUUCUGGUGUUAUUGGAGACUUUUGGAGACUCGUUCUUACUGUAAGAACGAGUCGAAGCGGCACAGUCCUCCCGCAGCAGUCUCUCCCAGCUGCAGAUGCCGGAGGGGAUGUUAACCCCUUAGCGUCCAGUCUGCAAAUUGCUAACAGGCUAACAGUUAGCUCUGCUGCUGCAGGAGGUGUUAGCUUAGCGAUCUCUGUUUGUUUACAACAAGCACCAGACACUAAAAACUGUUGCUGUUGUUUGUUUAAAAGUAGUGCAAUAAAAACAUAGAUGUUUCCCCAAACAUGAUGAAUAAUCAUGAUGAAUAAUCAUGAUUAAUAAUCAUGAUGACAAUAUUGAUCACAAUAAUAAUGAUGAUCAUUUAGUCCAUAAUGGUGCAGCCCUGCUUCAGACUGUUGGACUUCAUGGACGACGUGACGGAGCUCCUCCUCGGCUGACGGGAGCAACAAAGACGAGGAGACAGCACGACAUUUAACUAAAGAUUUAUUAAACAGAACGUAACAAGGACAAAGUCAAACAAUCAGUAAGACCACCAGCGUGUGUGGCUGUGUGGACGAGUGGAAGAUUUUAGUGCAAUGUGAGUCCAAAACCAAAAACCAACCAUGUGAAUGAAGAGAGCGAGCAGGACUUCCUGUUGUCACACUGUGAAUGUACAAAAACCUGCUGGUUGUCCAUCAGCCGUCUGAAUGUUUACACUCUGAGGAGCUUCAGGACGUUUCACACACUAAGUUUGAGUCUCAAUCUCAGUUUGGUCGUUCGUCUUAGAAACAAGAAGUUUCUUUCAGCUUCUUUUGUGUUUUGAAGAGAAACAUAUUUUCAAUCAAAGCAUAAAUAUUGUCCAGACAGCAGAUGAUCACAUGAAGGAAGAACAAAUUAAAAACAAAAGUAAUUUGUUUAUUUGUCCAUUCGUCCGUCUUUUAAAUUAUCAUUUAGUUUCUUUGCUUUGACAAAAACUGUUUUAGUCAUAUUUUUUGUUUUCAAAGAUCAUUUAUUAAUACAUUUUAACCUAAUUUUCAUUGUGUAAAUGGUCGUAAUUGUAUAUAUUUUUUUAAUUGAUACGUUUGAAAUCUGAAAAUUUAAAUUAAGAAAUCGCAUGCUGUAGAUUCUGAUUUUACAGAAAUCUUGUUUAAAUGCUGGUAAGAGAAGCUAAUGUUAAAAAAAAGUAACCGGUUUAUUGACUAAAUGCAUCAACAAUCUGACAAUAACUUUUCUACUUAUUUUUUUAAGAAGUAAGAUAAUCAAGGUACCAAGGUUAUAAUAGUUUGAAUUUGAAAACAAAAAUUGACAACGAAAUUAAAACUAAAACUGAUGAAAAAUCACAGUUAGUUUUUAGUAGUUGUAGUUUAGUUUUUAUUAGUUUUAGUUUAGUUUUUAUUAGUUGUAGUUUAGUUUUUAUUAGUUUUAGUUUAGUUUUUAUUAGUUUUAGUUUAGUUUUUAUUAGUUGUAGUUUAGUGUUUAUUAGUUGUAGUUUAGUUUUUAUUAAUUGUAGUUUAGUUUUUAUUAGUUGUAGUUUAGUUUUUAUUAGUUAUAGUUUAGUUUUUAUUAGUUGUAGUUGUUUUGUAAUGGGGUAUUUGUUGGGUCCAGAUUCAAUAAGGUCACAGUAAAUGUUUCCUUUAUUUCCUUUGUCUGAUCCAUCUCAGCCCCAAUAAGUUUAUUAAGUCAUAAAACCAGAUAGAUGAAAUAGAUUUCAUAUCAACCAAAAAGGUUUACGGAGGAAAAAAGUUGACAAAGACGGAAACGAAGGACAUUUUCACUAUAAUUUUAGUUAGUUUAGUUAGUUUUGGAACCACAAAAUACAGUUUCAGUUAGUUAUUGUUUUUAUAAAAACUCGUUUUUAUUUUUAUUUCAGUUAACGAAAAUGUUUUUCAGUUCUAGUUUUGGUUAUUUCGUUAGUUUUCAUUAACUUUAAUAACCUCGGUGGGAACAUUAGCGAUCUCUUUGUUUUCUUGGUGUAAAUGACCCGAACAUGGAGGUUUCCAGCUUGAAUACAAAUACUAUUUUGACUUAAUAGACGCCGAGCUAGACGACCAUUUUCAGUUUGAUUCUGGCAAAAAACUUUGAUUGACCAAAUGUUUCAGAGCGACCUGGCAGUGUGAAGCGGCUCCUCAGAGACUCAGUCUGCUUCAGACUCAGUUGUUGGUGCAUCGUUUAUUAUCUUGGAGGAAGAAGAGAAGGAGAUCUCCAGUAGAUCUGUCUCUACAGAGACCUCUGUCUCUGGAGAGACAGAAGUCUCUCCAGUAGAUCUGUCUCUGUAGAGACCUCUGUCUCUGUAGAGACCUCU